ACAUUGGAGGCAGGGGCAAAGACUAUAAAACCUCAUGUCUGGCUGUAUUCACACACACUGUGGAUCUGACGUCUGACUGAGGAUAUUUAACCACCACCCAACACAAGAGAGACACAAGCUCUGACCAGCCACAGCCUGCUACGAUGUGUAAAGGACUAGCAUCACUGCCUACCUGCUGCUUGGAAAGUGCCAAAGAGCUGAAAGCAAGACUGAGAAAACUAUUGCAUAAACCUGAUGGGAGUCUACUCUGCUGCAAAGUAGGGAAAAACAAGGUAACCCUGGAGGAAUGCCUGAGGUGGAAAGAGUCAUUUGAGGAACUCCUUUCCAGCAAAUAUGGACUGUGCGCCUUCACUGCCUUCUUAUUAUCAGAAUUCAGCGAAGAGAACAUUGCAUUCUACUUUGCAUGUGAAGACUACAAGAGUACCAAGUCUCUUGCCAAGCUACCUGCUAAAGCCCAGAAAAUCUAUAAUGAAUUCAUAGGGACUGAUGCUCCUCGGGAGAUUAACAUUGACCAUGAAACUCGUGAUGUCACUAGAGUGAACAUGCUCUCCCCAUCGCCCUCCUGCUUUGACCAAGCGCAGCACAAGAUCUACAUGCUCAUGGCUAAAGACUGCUACCCGCGCUUUCUGCGCUCACCUGCCUACAGGGAUCUCGUCAGUCAAGCCAAGCCUGGCACCACGGCUACAAAACAUCCUCAGCAGGGGAAGAAGGUUUGAGCUCUCAUUAUAGACCCCAUCAAGUGACAGAGCCCAAAGACCAUCAUGAGUGCAGCGUGUCCUCUGUUGACUUCUAAAGCGGGAAGAAAAAUUUCCUCAAACUGGAAUGUUCAUGAAAAGCUAUGUUGUGUCUCAAAAGUGGGUUGACUGUAAAUUCAAUAGAAAGUAAAAAGGCUGAGACGAUACCGCAGCACUUAUAAAUGGGAAAAGCACUUUAACUGCCCUUAGGCAAAUACUUGUUUGUAAUGUCUGUGCAAAGUUCAACAUUGUGAAAAUAUGUACUGGGUAUGUUAUGAUUUUGUAUUUAUUUGCCUGUAUUUUAUACUGUAUAUUUUUUACAAAAAAAUACUAUAAUCAUGUGCAAUAUAAUAUAAUGAUAUUUAUAUCAGUGUUGUAUUUUUAUAUACCAGCAAAUAAACCUAAUACAUUAAAAAUAAUAUGCAAAAUUCAGUUUUCAUGAUUAAAAGAAAACAAUGAAUGAAAGCAUUUGAUCAGGUACACCUGCACAGUCUACACGGAGUAUACAUGAAUUGUAUCAGGAAUGAAGUUUUUAAUCGACACUGAUUAUUAUUGUGAUUGUAGUUUGCUGUGUUGGAGGACUGCAAGAAAUAUUUGUAAUAUACUGUAG